AUCGACACAUUAAAGCAACGAACCGGAAGAGCUGGAGAAAACACUGCCACCAUAAAGUGUGCUGCGUUAUUGUAUAAUUGUCGUCGUUAAAUAUGAUUCCAUCCUGUUGUAAAACAACAUUAAGACACAGUCACAAUUCCCUCCUGCCAUAACACCUAGCACCUGAACAGAUCUAACACUUUAUGAUGAAAACUUAUUACUCUAUUAAAACGAAUACAAUGACUUUUUAAGUCAGGCAAAGCCCUGAAACCGACAACUUGUGCGAUGUGUUAAAACAUUAAACCACGUUUGACUGUCGUUCCCUCCUCCUUCGAGGGUAAAAAACGCCCCGUGUGUAAAUGACACUGCCCUUGAUUCAGAGCGUUUUUCAUUCCCUUAUGGAAAAGGUGGAGUUUGAAAGAAUGAAAGACCCCUCUGUGUGCACCUUGGACCCCCGCCCGUCUGUUGGACGUGUCAUUCCUCAGCUCUCACGUCUGCUCACGUUAUAGCCUAUAAAUCUCGAAUUUGACUGCGUGUGUCUUUUAUGAUCGAGGGACCAUUUCCCGUCUUUUUACGUCUGACUGAGUCGUGUUUUGGACUUUGCAACAGUGUCUCAGAUAUAAAGCUACAGAAACGCGCGCUCUAGAGUCAGAGAUGGACACCUGGGUUCUUCUAAGCGUUCUGCUCGCGCUCACGCAUUACGCGUCAGGGCAGAGCACGAUAAGAUGGUGCACUAUUUCUCCCGCGGAGGAGUCCAAAUGCAAAGCAAUGGUCCAGGCCUUCGCCGGCGCUGCAAUUCGACCCGCGGUGCAGUGCGUGCUCGUCUCAUCUAAAGCCGAGUGCGCUCAAAAACUAACCAAAAAUGAAGUUGAUGCCUUCUCAGCCAGUGCUAAAGAAAUAUAUGACAUUGGCAAGCAAGCCACCUUCAAAAUUGCAGCUGGAGAAUCUGGAGCAGAUGCGAAAGGAAUAACAUACUACGGUGUUGCUGUGGUCAAAAAGACAAAUUCAGCUAUCAACAUCAACAAUCUGAAGGGGAAGAAGUCUUGUCACACUGGCAAGCACCGCACAGCUGGCUGGAACGUCCCUCUGGGGUAUUUGAUUGACCGUGGAAUGAUGUCAGCCAUGGGCUGCAACAUCCCUCAAGGGGUUGCUGACUUCUUUAACGCCAGCUGUAUCCCAGGGGCUAAAGAUGACCCUGAGUCCCUGUGUCAGCUGUGUGUGGGAGAUGGAGCGGGAAAAUAUAAGUGUGAUGAAAGUGUUAAUGAGCGGUACUAUGCAUAUGAUGGAGCAUUCAGGUGCUUGGUUGAGAAUGCAGGUGACGUCGCCUUUGUGAAGCACACAACUGUGAGCAAGAACACAGAUGGUCAGGGGGAAUCAUGGGCGCAAGGCUUGCUCUCUGAGGACUAUCAGCUCCUGUGUCGGGACGGCACCCGAAGUCCAGUCAGUGAUUAUGAGAGAUGCCACCUGGCUCGAGUCCCUUCGAGAGGGAUUGUUGUCCACCCUGACAUCAGCAGUUCAGUGGUGUACAACAUGUUACGUGAAGGACUGCAAAAGUCUGGGUUCCCCAUGUUCUCCUCAGCAGCCUUUGAUGGGACAAACUUGUUGUUCAGCGACAAUUCAACCACAUUUAUCCAAGCAGGAAAUGAAAACUAUGUGGAAUGGAUGGGCCAGUAUUAUUACAUACUGAGAGCCAUAGACUGCACAGAGUCAGACGUGCCCUCUCGUCUGCGCUGGUGUGUCCUGUCUCAUGGAGAGCAGCAAAAGUGCGCAGACAUGGCUGUGGCUUUCAAAAGCAAAAAUUUGAUUCCUAAUAUUCAGUGCAUCUAUGGGGCAUCUGUGGAGGACUGUAUGAAGAAAAUACAAAAUAAGGAAGCUGAUGCCAUCACUCUUGAUGGAGGUUACGUCUACACAGCGGGGAAGAGUUUUGGUUUGAUACCUGCUGUUGGAGAGAGCUACACAGGAGACACUGACGGAAGCAUUUAUUAUGCUGUGGCUGUGCUGAGGAAGAGCAACAGAGACAUCCAGAGAUUCAGCGACCUCAAGAGCAAGCGCUCCUGUCACACAGGUUACGGAAGGACCGCAGGCUGGAACAUUCCCAUGGGUCUGCUAAUAGAAAAAGGCAUCAUAAGACCGCAGACAUGCCAAGUGGCCCAAGCUGCUGGAGAGUUCUUUAAAUCUGCUUGUGUACCUGGAGCCAAUCAGAAGGGUUUUCCCAGUAACUUGUGCGAGCAGUGCAUUGGAGACUUCAGUGGUCAGAACAAGUGUGAAAAAGGCAAGGACCUAUACGACGGAUACGAUGGAGCCUUCAGGUGCCUUGUUGAAGAUCACGGCGAUGUGGCUUUUGUGAAACACUCCACUGUUUUCCAGAACACAGAUGGAAACAAUACAGAUUCAUGGGCGUUAAACCUGGAUUCCCGUCAAUUUCAGCUGCUUUGUUCUCAGGAGUCUCGUGCUGAAGUCACUCAGUACACUAAGUGCAACUUGGCCCGUGUCCCUUCCCACGCCGUUAUGAUAAGACCCGAUACCAACCACCACGUCAUCUUUGGCCUCCUGGACAAAGCCCAGAGUUUCUUUGGAGUUAAUGCUGCCUCGGGCUUCAAGAUGUUUGACUCCAAACCCUACGAGGGAUCUGACCUGAUGUUCAAGGAUUCAACUGUCACUUUAAUUGGUGUAGGAGAGAGGAAGACGUAUGAGGAAUGGCUUGGCCAGAGCUACCUGGAUGCCAUGAUAGCCAUGGAGUGUUCAGCUUCAUCAACAUUGUUUUCCUCAUCCUCGCUACUGCUGAUGUCCAUUGUGAGCUCCCUGGUGUCUCUGUUGGCUUCGUAGCGGGCCUGCCAGCCACAGAAGGGUUCCCAGUCCCUUCUCGACCCUGAUCUUCAUACUCAUGCCGAAAAUUCUAGUAUUUAGGUGAUUCAAGUUCAAAUCAAAUCGUUAUCGCUUAAGCAAUAGCAAUGCCUUUUAUCUGUGAUCGUAAUGGUACAUAGUACAUAGUACACGCCUAGUACAGUUGAUAAGCUUUUUAAGUCAGUCUAAGGAAAUUUUAAGGACCAUCUUAAGUUAGGAAGGACAUCGAGUUGGCUAAAGUCUUUCUUUAUACCAAACCAAAGCUGGUUUGUUAUCGUGACCAUUUGUAUUAUUUGUACUCUGAAAUUGACUCUGAAGGGCAAUAGCCAUAUCAGUGCAUAUGCUUUGCCUGUUACAUAUUUAUUGUACAGUGUGUAUUGCAGCUUUUAAAAGCGACGUUUUAUUAUGUUAUUAACUACUUGAAGGCACAUGCCAUAUCAGGGAAUAUGCUGUGUCUAACAUUUUCAUCUUUGCUGAUUUUUGUAACUGUUAUCAUGCAGUUGAAUGCGGCAUGCACUGGAGUUGUACUACUGAAAGCUGCUUUCCCUCCCGCAUUCAGACAGGUUCUUGCUUGCUUAACUACUUGCUAAACUAAAUCACUUUACGCAAACUCUAUUAGCAAGGCAACAAUUGGCUUGCCUUACUCUGUGAAAUUUAAAUUCUAAAAUACAGAUCAUGCAAAUGAGGUGAAACUACACUAUGAGAAAAAUAAGCAGAAAUAGUGUUCAUUAAAACAUUAAAAAAGUAUUUUUCUUUUACUAAAUGAAAGCUUAUGGGGCUCGAAAACACAUCUUUUUGCUCCAGCUGAUGUUCACAGUGUUCAACACAAUAUCACUUACUUGCUUUCCACCUUUUAUUUCUUUGUUUUUUGAGAUUUGUUUUUAUUUGUUCAGAUACCGUAUCAGUGUAUAUGUACUGAAAUGUGAAUGUCCCACAUUAAUGCCUGCUUUGUCUUGCAAUUUCUUCAUGAAAUGAUUGAGAUAUAACUAAUAUUUAGUUGCCAGGCCAGUGCGUCUGCUCAAGUAUUACAGUAUAUUGUCACUUAUUUUAAAUAAAUAAGCAUCUUGAUA